AUGAAAUACGUACUCUUCUCCUUGAGCGCAUUUGUAUUUUACGCGAUCUUCUACUUCUCUUAUAUCAAUGGCCUGGAUGCUCUUGGCCGUGAGUCCAUUGAAUCUGGCAAGCUCCCGGGGGUGAAUGACCCACUGCGGACAGUGUACACAGGCGUCGAGCCAAUUGACCAUCUCUUGACUCUACUGACCACCUUCUUCUACCCGACCCUCGAUGGACAGCGACCUGGGCUAUUACUUCACAGCAUCGGCUUUUCAGGUACCUUUGGGGCAGCAUGGACUUUGGUUGUCUUGGAAUCAUGGAGAAAGGGUAACGCUGGGACCGUCGCCGCGUACCCCAUGGUGUUUGGCCUCAUUGCGCAAGUCUUCACUUUCGCUUUUGCCACUCCCUUGAUUUUGGGACUCCAGCUCGGCUGCUCGAUCACAGCUCGUCGACCUCACGCAGACAACAUCCGCGUUCCACGUGCAGUCCUAGCAACCAUGCCAUUGAUAUUUGCUGUGGGAUUUAUGGUUCCGACCAAUAUGAUGGUGUUGCCUGCUCCAUCCGUGAUAUCCGUGGAUUUCAAGCAGAUUGCCAUUGCCAUCUGGCAGCCAUGGCCUGCGUAUGUCUCGAUUUUGAGCACCGUCGCCUACUACGUGUUCUGUCCAUUCUUCUCCGAAAACAACCGGGCAUCUAUGUCUAACUUGCGCUGGGUCUACGCAUUCGCGUUUAUUAAUGCUUCGUUGUCCCACCUCGUGUCGUGGAUCGUGUCAUUAGCGACCGUCAUCGUACCGACACUGUUCGAAAAGCGUUUCCAAGAAGCGCUUCAUCCAGCAAGUGUAUUUUUUAUCCCACUCCCUUGGUCUGGAUUGACGGUUGAGAAUGUUGGACAUGGCGUGCAUGCCUUCCUGCGGUGGGACUACAUGAUAGGAUCAGCCGGUGUUCUGCUUUGGGCAAUCCACUUGUAUAGUGUUGCCCACAAGCAAAUUCUCAGCACCGUCUCAUGGCCCAGUCUUCUGUUCAAAACUGCUCUGAUAGCUACCCUCGCGGGACCCGCUGGUGCUGCGGUGGAACUGAUCUGGGAAAGAGAUGAACUGGUGUUCACUGAGACUGGUGGUAGCAAGCAGCGAGUCUCAAAAGACAAGAAAUCGUUGUGA